GGUAAGAGGCGAUAGUCAAUGAUGGCUGCUUCCUUGGUUUGGUUGUUAAAGAGACUGUACGUUUUCUUGUUGACAUGUCCCCUCUGUGUCCCGGGCUUCUUGAAUUUGGAGGAGCUUAAUGACAUGAAAUAUGGGAUUCAGAUUCUUCCCGAUCCUGUCAUCCUGGGGCAGACUAAGACAGAGGAGGUUAUGAUGGUGUCCAGUAAGUACAAACAGCUCUAUGAGUGUCGACUUCCAGCACAGGCUGUGCGUUUUCAUCAGGAUCCCGCCACUGAGCCUGACUCGGAGGGUUACACUGGGCCAGAUAUCCCAGACCUGCUCAAGCCCAUGCACAAUGCCCCAUGUCUACUCAAGACGAAGGACUGGUGGACGUACGAGUUCUGCCAUGGCCAGCAUAUCAGACAAUACCACCUUGAAGACACAGAGAUCAAAGGAGACAUUCUCUUCCUGGGUUAUUAUGAGUCAGAAUUUGAUUGGAGCAAUGAAACAGCAAAGGCCUCCAAACAGCACAGGCUAAAGCGGUACCACAGCCAGACCUAUGUAAAUGGCUCUAAGUGUGACCUAAAUGGAAAUCCCAGAGAGACUGAAGUCCGGUUUGUAUGUGAAGAAGGCUCAGGUGACUACAUUGCGCGAGUAGAUGAACCUCAGUCAUGUCGAUAUGUGCUGACAAUUCACACCAGUCGCACCUGCCAGCACCCAUUCCUGCGGCCACCAUCCACUGCCAAGCCUCAGGGCAUUGUGUGCCAGCCAGCACUAAGUGCCCAACAGUACAUGGAUUACGUCAAGGCACAAGUCUCGGACACAAAACGUAAAGUGGAGCAGAUCUCGGAGGAAUUGAGGAGUCUUGAUGAGAUGUUAGCUGGUAAUGAAGGAGGAGAUGGUGCAGUAAAGGUAACAGCAGAGGAGACAUCGCCUAUCAGUCGUAGAAAAGGUCCUGCUGAUGUAUCAAAAGAUGGAGAGUCAGAUGAGGCAGAAGACUCUGACUUCUGGGAGGGAGUGACAAAGCCAGCAAGUUCAAGAACAUCUACUUUCCAACAGGAGAAUCAGGCAGCAGAUGGUGGCCAUACCUCACAUGCAGACAAUGAAAUCAUAGAUGAUGGUGAUGAAGUAGAAAAAUUCAACUUUAAAAUCAUCACUGACCCAGCAGACCUGAUGAAAUUUGUCCAGCACCUUAAGGAGAGUAACAGGAAGAAAGCACAAGAUCAAGCCAAAAGUAGAGAAGAGACAGCACGACACAACAGAGUAACGGAGAAACUUGACGAGGAGGAGAAAGAUGAAGAGGACCCCGUGCUACAGGAGUUUGAGGAUGAGAUGGCUGACCUCUCUGUGCCUUCGGAUAAAAUCGAAGAGAUAAAGGAGGAAAUGCAGAAGGAGUUUGACAACAUCAUAAACGAGGCUCAACAGGAACUCGAGACAGAGGGUCUGAAAGGGGAGUUUGACCGCACUCAGGCAACACAGACACUGGAGACGACGCUGGAUAAGAUACUCGAUCAUUUGGAGGAGAAAGACGUUCAGGACCCAGAGCAGAAAACGUCCGGAGGCCAAAGAGCCAGCGACCCAGCCCGGGGGAGCCCCAGCCUGGCUCCGAAGCACCCAGACCAAGCAGCUGACGACCAUGUUAAGAUCAAAAUAACUAAGUAUAAGACGGGUAUCAACCCUGAUGGGGAGGUGAAAGUUCAGGAGGUGGGCGAAGGAGACCCGCAGUGGCAGCACAUAAAGGACGUGGUUAAAGAACAGCUAGAGAAGGCAGGACUGAAGGCCGAAGGAAAAAUCGAAGUGAAGAUCUUGACACGAAAAAACGCAGAAGAGGCAGGUGAUCAGUGGCUGACUGAGGAAGAUACAAAGUCCUUCAGGGAGCUACUCAUUAAUCUCCUGACUGGAGGCACUGAAGAGGUUUAUAAAGAGGAGAAAAGGCAGCAGGAGUUGGAGAACAACUACAGAUUUGUUUGGGGAGAUUCCCAGGAGGAGUCAAAGUCAUCCAGCUCCUAUGAUUCAGAUGACGUGGAUAUAUGAGCUCAUUCAGAGUGACCCUUUGUGAUGUUGCACUCCUAUGGAGAGCAGGAGGGAGGAGGACUCUUAAGGUUUAGUCAUAAUUUUGAGAAAGCCCACUUGAUUUGGUCAUUGCUGUUAAAACCUGUGCUGUUUACACAUUCAGAAAAUGUGUUCAUGUGGCUUGAAUAGGCAAUAAUGCAAGUGUCUUUAAUGGGGCAACGUUUAUAUGUUGCACAAUGUGUCAGCUGUACUUGUGCAGUUGAAGUUAUGCAUUUUCCCCUUUUUGACGGGAUUCAGUUUUUGUUUUCAGUUUUACUAAAUAUUCACGAUUAGUUCUGACGUCGUCUGCAGCACACUGUUUAUCCUCAAUUAAAUUAUUACUUGUUUGUCUUCUGUGUUGCCAUUGACAGAGACGUCCGUAGUGUGAGUCAACAAGGGAAUUCUGUUUACUUCAGCAGAUUGUACGAUCUGCACAGGUUGUUUUGUUCGUCUUUCUUUCUUUCUUUCUUUCUUUCUUUCUUUUUACUGAAAAGUAAAAGAAAAAAUGUUGAAAACAAAAGAAAAAAACCCUCAAAUUCCAGUUUCCACUGAUCCUCGAAGCUUUCUGAUUUGGUCCAUUUGGUGAAAACAAACAAGUAAACAGUGUCUGCACACACUCGCAGUUGAUAUAUAGUUUUUGUUUUGUUUUUUCACAAAUGUCCUGUGAAUUCAGAAGAGAACAGAAAAAUUUUGAAUACUUUUUGUUUUUGACAGUAACUGGAUUUAAUAUAUCUCAACUUGGAAAUCAAAUAAAUCUACAGUGUCAAUCAGAUUCAGUGCACCACAUUAAUGCAAACAUGCACUUAAAGGGCUGAAUUUGUAAAUUUUGUGAAUGCUUGUGGGUACUUGCAAGUCAACAUGUACAUAAUUAUUGUGUCAUUAUUUUUUUGAUUUAUUGUAAAAUAGCACAGAUUAAGUGGCGACGGAGUUACCUGAGUAAAUGAGUUUUAAAAAUCCUGACUCUGCAUUCUGUUAUGAAAAAUAAUCUCAUAUGAGAUGUAAAUCACAUACACACUCUUUUUUUUCAGACACAGUAGUGUUUUCGUAUUAAAAAGUCUGCAUCUGUUACCUCGGAUAUCUUGUAAAUACAAUUCUGCUGCCUCUUUUCAGUUGUUUGUAUUGUGUAUUAAAACUGCCAAAUGUUAGAUGUUAGACAUUUGUAUUUUUAUUAUCUCAUACAUUCAGUGUUACAAUCCUUACUAGUAUGGCUACUUGUAUGCUAGGCCAACUGUAUCAACAAAUUUCCAUCCGAUACUAUAACUGUUAAAGUGAGCAGUGGGCCAACCCUGGCGACUAGUAAAAUAUUGAGACUGAGAAGACUGGCUAACCUGAGAACAAGAUGGGAGCAGCAUAUGGAAGGACAAGUUGUUUUUGGAUGUAAAAUAGUACAAAACAACUAAUCAAAUGUUGAAAUUAAAAAAAAUGACAAGAUUGAA